CAGCAGAACGCGCAGCGGCAGGAGGGAAUGGGGAGAGUGAGAGGGGCACCGCACCGUUUAACGAGAGAUUCUUCAACACUACGCGACCAAUAAAACGUUUCACCACCGAGUAUUGAUAGAAUAUUAUCUGAGACUGUGACGCCAGCACCCUCCGCCAUCUGCAGCAUUGUGCAGAAAGAAUGAGCUGAUGCGAAGAUCGCUGAUAAUGACGCCCAGAAUAAGUGCGGCCCAGUCACACAGCAGAGUGGGGAACGUACACUUCUGAGUUUAAGGAGGACAUGAUGCAAUGAUAUAAACACUGGAUGACUGGAGGUCCCCUGCUUAUCAGUCUCUAAGCAUGGCUGGCCUACAGCUUGUGACCCCUGCCUCCUCACCCAUGGGGCCCUUCUUCGGUCUCCCGUGGCAACAGGAAGCGAUCCAUGACAACAUAUACACACCGAGGAAAUAUCAGGUUGAACUUCUUGAAGCAGCUCUUGAACACAAUACUAUAGUCUGCUUGAACACUGGCUCAGGGAAGACCUUUAUCGCAGUGCUCCUAAUCAAGGAACUCUCCCAUCAAAUCCGUGGAGAGGAUGGAAGGAGAACAAUUUUCCUGGUUAAUGCAGCGUCAUCUGUGGUUCAGCAAGCAUCUACUGUCAGAACCCACUCCGAUCUCAAGGUCGGCGACUACAAGUCAGAGGAAAUGACAUCAUGGCCCGAGGAGAUGUGGACCAGAGAGAUGAUGGAGAAUCAGGUGCUGGUGAUGACUUGUCACAUAUUCCUGCAUGUAUUAAGGACAGGAGUCUUGCCACUAUCAAAAAUCAACCUGCUGGUUUUUGAUGAAUGCCACCUUGCAAUCACAGACCAUCCUUAUCGGGAAAUAAUGAAGAUUUGUGAGGGCUGUCCAGGCUGUCCCCGCAUUCUGGGUCUGACCGCUUCCAUUUUAAAUGGAAAAUGUGACCCAUGUGUCCUGGAGCAAAAGAUUCAGAACUUGGAGAAGAUUCUGCAGAGCAAUGCAGAAACUGCCACUGAUCUUGUGGUGCUGGAUAGGUAUGCCACCCAGCCUCGUGAGGUGGUGCUGGAUUGUGGGCUGUACCGGGAUGAAAGCGGUCUCUCUGAGAGACUCCUGAGCGAGCUGGAUGAAGCCCUUCAUUUUCUUAAUGACUGCAACUUAACUGCUUAUCGUGAAGAUCGAGAUCCAACAUUCAUCUCCAAACAGGUGCUGAAUGACUGUCGAGCCGUUCUGGACGUGCUGGGCCCGUGGUGCGCUGAUAAAGCGGCAGGAAUUAUGGUCCGCGAGCUGCAGAAAUACAUCAAACACGAGCAGGAGGAGCUGAAUCGUAAAUUCCUGCUGUUCACGGACACCAUUCUGAGAAAAAUCCAUGCCUUGUGUGAGGAGCAUUUCUCCCCAGCUUCGCUGGACCUGAAGUUCGUCACUCCCAAAGUCAUCCGACUUCUGGAGAUCCUCCACGAGUACAAACCUUUCGAGCGGCAGCAGUUCGAGAGCGUGGAGUGGUACAACAAUCGCAAUCAGGACAAUUAUGUUUCAUGGAGCGAUUCCGAGGAUGAAGAUGAGGAUGAGGAGGUAGAGGCGAAGGAGAAGCCAGAGGCUAAUUUCCCCUCACCCUUCACCAACAUCCUCUGUGGAAUCAUCUUUGUGGAAAGGAGAUACACAGCGGUUGUUUUAAACAGACUUAUAAAGGAGGCAGGCAAGCAGGACCCUGAGCUGGCCUACAUCAGUAGCAACUUCAUCACAGGUCACAGCAUUGGCAAGAAUCAACCUCGCAACAAACAAAUGGAGGUGGAGUUCAGAAAACAAGAAGAGGUCCUGAGGAAGUUCAGAGCCCACGAAACCAACUUGCUCAUCGCAACCAGCAUUGUGGAGGAAGGGGUCGACAUUCCAAAGUGCAAUUUGGUCGUUCGGUUUGACUUGCCCACGGAGUACAGAUCGUACGUGCAAUCCAAAGGUCGUGCCCGUGCUCCGGUCUCCAACUACAUCAUGUUAGCAGACAGCGAACGGACAAAGUCAUUCGAAGAGGACCUAAAAACCUACAAGGCCAUAGAGAAGAUUCUCAGAAAUAAGUGUUCGAAGUCAGCGGAAUGCAGUGAAUUGGAGCCGGUGAAUGAUGACGACAACGUUCUCCCACCUUACGUCUUGCGGUCGGAGGACGGCGGCCCCCGCGUCACGAUUAACACAGCCAUUGGACACGUCAACAGAUACUGUGCACGUUUGCCCAGUGACCCGUUUACUCACCUCGCUCCAAAGUGUAAAACCCUGGAGCUGAAGGCCACCGGUUAUCAAUCGAUACUAUUCCUUCCCAUCAACUCUCCACUAAGAGUUCCUGUCCCUGGUCCAAUAAUGAACUGUGCAAGACUUGCUGAAAAAGCCGUCGCUCUUCUCUGUUGUGAAAAAUUGCACAAAAUUGGCGAGCUGGAUGAUCAUUUAAUGCCUGUGGGGAAGGAAACUGUGAAGUAUGAGGAGGAGCUGGACCUGCAUGAUGAAGAGGAGACUAACGUGCCAGGAAGACCAGGCUCCACCAAACGGAGACAGUGUUACCCAAAAGCCAUACCAGAGUGUCUGCGGGGUUGUUAUCCCGUACCUGAGCAGCCUUGCUAUUUGUAUGUGAUCGGGAUGGUCCUCACCACCCCUCUUCCGGACGAGCUUAACUUUCGCCGGAGAAAAUUGUACCCACCUGAAGACACCACCAGAUGUUUUGGCAUUCUGACAGCUAAACCAAUACCUCGGAUCCCUCACUUCCCCGUCUACACACGUUCCGGUGAGGUGACCAUCUCGAUCGAGCUGCAAAAGUCCGGCUUCACUCUGAGCGCGGAACAGCUGGAGUUGAUCACUCGCCUGCACCAGUACAUCUUCUCUCACAUCCUCCGUCUGGAAAAGCCGGCGCUGGAGUUCAAACCCACCGAGGCGGAUUCUGCCUACUGCGUUCUACCUCUCAACAUCGUUGAGGAUUCCAAUACGCUGGACCUGGAUUUCAAGUUCAUGGAAGAGAUUGAGAAGUCCGAAGCACGCAUCGGCAUUCCAAACACAAAGUACACCAAGCAAAACCCAUUUGUUUUCAAAUUGGAAGAUUACCAAGAUGCAGUCAUCAUUCCAAGGUAUCGUAAUUUCGACCAGCCGCACCGCUUUUACGUAGCUGACGUUUACACAGACCUCACCCCGCUCAGUAAAUUUCCAUCCCCGGAGUACGAGACUUUCGCUGAGUACUACAAAACUAAGUACGACCUCGACCUCUCCAACGUUAACCAGCCUCUGUUGGAUGUGGACCACACAUCUUCAAGAUUGAAUCUUUUAACUCCACGGCACCUUAAUCAGAAGGGGAAAGCCCUUCCUCUUAGCAGCGCCGAGAAGAGAAAGGCCAAGUGGGAAAGCCUGCAAAACAAACAGAUUUUAGUUCCGGAGCUCUGUGCCAUUCACCCUAUCCCCGCCUCGUUGUGGAGGAAAGCCGUCUGCCUUCCCAGCAUCCUCUAUAGACUUCACUGCCUUCUGACGGCCGAAGAGCUGCGGUCUCAGACAGCCAUCGAUGCUGGGGUAGGAUCUCAGACCCUGCCUCCUGACUUCAGGUAUCCUAAUUUGGAUUUCGGAUGGAAGAAAUCCAUCGACAGCAAGUCUUUCAUUUCCUGUCCAAGCGCAUGUAUGGACAACAACGAUCACUGUAAGCACGACACAAGCUCAGAUUCAGACCACACUGCCUGCAGCACAGAGGCCUCCCAGCCUCCAGAGGGCGCUCUCCCCUGUAAAAACUGCAACACACCAGAUGAAAAGCUAGAAAAUGUGCUCCCUGUGACUGAUCUCCAGACACCGAACCAAGACGAGGGCGCCAGGAUCUGUUCCAGGAACAUCCCUAACGGCACUCGGGGCGAUGACGACCUUUCGCACUCACGUGACAUUUGCCAAUGCUCUCAGCCCGGCUCGGAGAGCGACCUAUCGACGCAAACCACUACCUCAGUUCAAGCGCGUCUCUCUCCAGCCAGCGAGCCACAGCCCCGGCCCGGUGAUGAAUGUACCCCAGGCGGGAACUCGGAUCUCUGCGACGGACAUGUGAAAAAACCUACCUCAUACUGUUGCCCCAAACCAGAUACGGCAACCAGCACCACAGCACCUUCUACCGUGUCUUCAGAGAUCUCAGGCGUGACGUCAGCAUCCGCCUGUGAGCCCCCGUCUUGGGAUUCUCCGAAGAUGUUGGGCCCAAAUCCUGGCCUUAUCUUGCAGGCUCUGACCCUCUCAAAUGCCAGUGAUGGCUUCAAUCUGGAGAGGUUGGAGAUGCUGGGUGACUCUUUUCUGAAACAUGGCAUCACCACCUACCUGUUCUGCACAUAUCCGGAUGCCCACGAGGGCCGGCUUUCGUACAUGAGAAGCAAGAAGGUCAGCAACUGUAACCUUUAUCGUCUGGGAAAGAAAAAAGGCCUCCCCAGCCGAAUGGUGGUCUCCAUCUUUGACCCCCCUGUAAACUGGCUUCCUCCAGGCUACGUCGUGAAUCAGGACAAAAGCAGCACAGACAAGUGGGACUCAGAUGAGAAUAAGGAUUUGGCCAAUGGAAAAGCCAGCGAGGAUGAGGAUGAUGAUGAGGAUGAUGAUGGAGUUGUCGAGGACGAGCCACCCAAGGAAGAGGUGAACACAGAGGAGGAUGAUUUGGAAUAUUACGAUGAACACAUCAAGUUCAUCGAUAACAUGCUGAUGGGCUCAGGAGCCUUCGGAAAGAAAAUCUCUCUCCAGCCGCCCGAACCCUGGUAUGAGUGGAAAGCACCCAAGAAAGCCCACCACGCCCAUUUCGCCCCAGAGGGUGCCGCUGACGAGUUUGACUACAGUUCCUGGGAUGCCAUGUGCUACCUUGACCCCAGCAAAGCGGGCGAGGAGGACGACUUCGUGGUCGGCUUCUGGAACCCUUCAGAGGAAAACUGUGGCACAGAUAUUGGAAAGCAGUCCAUAUCCUAUGACCUCCACACUGAGCAGUGCAUCGCUGAUAAGAGCAUAGCCGACUGUGUGGAAGCCCUGCUGGGGUGCUACCUCACUAGCUGCGGGGAGCGUGCGGCCCAGCUGUUCCUCUGCUCCCUCGGGCUGAAGGUUCUGCCGGUGGAGCAAGAGAGUUCCGGGCGUUCGGCCGAGCUGCAGUACGGCAGGCUUAAGAUUCCUCCCCGCUGCAUUUUUGAGCACCCUGAUGCCGAACGCACCCUCAACCAUCUUAUUUCGGGCUUUGAGAACUUUGAGAGAAAGAUUAGCUACACGUUUAAAAACCAGGCUUAUCUUCUGCAGGCGUUUACGCACGCCUCGUAUCAUUACAACACCAUUACAGAUUGUUAUCAGCGGUUGGAGUUCCUUGGUGAUGCAAUUUUAGACUACCUCAUAACUAAGCACCUUUACGAAGACCCACGGCAGCACUCCCCGGGCGUUCUGACCGACCUGCGUUCUGCACUUGUCAACAACACCAUAUUCGCUUCCCUGGCCGUCAAGUACGAUUACCACAAGUACUUCAAAGCGGUAUCGCCCGAACUGUUCCACGUGAUCGACGAUUUUGUGCAAUUUCAGCUGGAGAAAAACGAAAUGCAAGGAAUGGAUUCGGAGCUUCGCAGAUCGGAGGAAGACGAGGAGAAGGAGGAAGAUAUCGAGGUCCCCAAAGCAAUGGGUGACAUCUUCGAAUCGCUAGCCGGUGCAAUUUACAUGGAUAGUGGCAUGUCACUUGAGACAGUUUGGCAAGUGUAUUAUCCAAUGAUGAGGCCACUCAUAGAAAAAUUCUCUGCUAAUGUCCCUCGGUCCCCGGUGCGUGAACUCCUGGAGAUGGAACCAGAGACAGCAAAGUUCAGCCCCGCCGAGAGAACCUACGAUGGAAAAGUACGGGUCACAGUGGAGGUGGUGGGGAAAGGCAAGUUUAAGGGUGUGGGCCGCAGCUACCGGAUAGCCAAGUCAGCGGCCGCCCGACGAGCUCUGCGCAGCCUCAAAGCCAAUCAACCUCAGGUCCAAAACAACUGAGCUUCAGACAGCAGACACCCAACACAUAAGUUAAAGAAAAUACAGCGGAAGCCUCUCGGCACCAGUUCACGGCCAAGUGAAGAAUCAUCGCUGUCUGCGUUCUCACUGGGGUUGUCAUAUUCAACGAAUUAAUUGCAUCAAAAGAUUUCAGUGUAAUUCACAAAGGGUUCAUUUCUUUUCCUUUUUGUGCGCAAACACAAUCGUUCUUUUUCUCCCCUCAGCUUUGUUGAUCACGAGUGCUUUUUUAAAUGUAUUAAGUGUUAAGAAAAUGGUCAGGUUUUUCCCCCCUCUGUUUCAUUAACGUUGAAAAGCCUCUGCUUUGUGGUAGUGAGUUAAAAAAGACAAUGCUUAUAGGUAGUAUUAGAGUGUAUGUUGUUAUAUAAAAAAAAUUAAACAAAAAUACGCACUAAUCUGUGCACUAGUACUAGUUUUGCAGCGUUUUUAAAAAUGCUUAUGGCAGAAAAGGGCACACGAGCGAAAGAUGGUGUUAGGGUGUGAGACGAGUGUUUUUCUCUGUAUUGAGAUGAUAUUCUCAAACAUAAUUGCACUUACCUUCCCUAGGGUCCGUUUUUAUUUUGACGCUAGCCGUGAACAUUUUCUCAGAUCAAAACCAAAAUCAUUUAGCUCUAUAUUCUUCAGAGAGAAACGCCCUUACAUUAAGACGGAUGGGAAUUUGACAUUCAUGAUUACUGUAAUCCAACGGCACUUGAGGAUGCAUGUAGCGAUCUGGAUGGGUCGCAUAGACGUCAUAGUUACCGAUCUACAUUAUAUAGAAUUGAAUAUACAUUAUUAAAUGUUUAUCACGACAUGCGUUGAUACUUUCAGCAUUCGGUAAUGUUUUUUGAUAUUGAUGAUCUUUCGUUGACGUUAGGUGUAUCCAUAGACUGACUGACUUCGUUUUGAUAUGACACGAACGAGACACAGGAGGACAUAUCACCUGGGAAAAUAUGCUGCAGAUUUUAUAUAAAAAAUCAACAGAAGUAGGAUUGGAUAAUUCUGUAAGACACAAAGCACCUUCACGUACCGUCUUCAGGACAAACCCAUAUAGAUGACUUAGCCUGCAUCGCUUACCAAAGUCGAUUCUGAUGCAGUGUUGUGAGGUCGCACCUGUCAAGUAGAUCCCUCAACAUUCGCACGUUGUGGUAACCAGCCUUUAUUCUAGCCUAAAUGUGUUGUAGUCUCCUGUUUAGCCUCAAUGUUUUCAUAUUAAUAGGCAUUCUCAUUUGAAUACCUCAGUUAAUUGCCUGCAUUUUUUGGUGCUAUGUUUAAGCUUGAAUUUCUCGUCUUUUUUUGCACUGUAACUGUAUUACCUCUUAAUUUUACCUUUUGAAAUCUGUCGGGUUGGUUUUUUCUGUUCAGUCAGCGGUCAAGCUGUUAAAGCUGGUUGGAAGAUCGUUUCCCCGUAUGUUUUAGAUUUUCAUGCUUGAAGGGGAAAUAUAGAGAAAACGUUCUCCGCACAUAAGCUUGAUGCUUCUGAUGAGCUUGGAUUUUGACAACGGUGCAUCCGAUCAGAAGGGUUACUUAACGCUUGAGAAAAUCGAUGGAUUGCACUCUGUAUAAGCCAUGCCCUUAUCGCUUUUCUCUCCUGCACUCUUUAUGCUUGCCAUUUUAAUGACGUUUUCAAUUAUUGAGGUGACGAAAGAGCACUCUUCUCCACCAUAAUACAUUAACGAUAUUUUGAUUUUGUUUGGACAAUUUUGGAAGGCAACCUAACUUCACGUUCUGUCUGUAUCUAAUUUACGUAAUUCGGUUAUGUUAUGGGCAAACUAUUCCUGAAGUUACAUUUUCCCAGGCAUCGCUACCUCAAAAGACCCCCGCGAAUAGUUUGACCUUAUCAUAAACCAAUGUUAAAUUAUAUAUUUGUGGAUAUGCCUUUUUUUCAUUUAUGGAUGGCAUUGAGGCACAGUAUUGUACAUGCUCAUCAGCACCUUACAGGGGAUAAAUAUCUCACGACUAUUUGCACUAGAGUACAUUCCCUUUGAAUUUGCAUCUUUUUAAUGGAAAACGGUGCCUUUCAAUCCCGCUACAUUUUAUGUAACAUCUCGGUUCAGUGCAACCUAGACAUUUGCUACUGUAGCAAUUCUUCGCUAUACGUUUUCUAUACAGUGAAGAACUUCUGGUGCAAUGCGUCAUAUAGAUGUUGCCUUCAGAUUUUUUUGAACAUGCGGCAUAAACUCCCGCUUAAACUCCAUUUGUUUGAAGCAAAUUACGUUGCGGCCCGAAUAUAUAGCCAGGAUGUCGAGAACUGCCCUUUCAACAUUGAGUGCAAUCUCCGUUUUAGCAAGAGUUGAGUCACCCUCUUUACAGGAUCUGAACCACCACCCCAGAAUUGAUCUUGAGAUUCGAAAGUCAUGGAAUCUACUUCCCACUUACAGAGUUAAGCGAGUGGUAUGUGUCAGGGUCAGUAACCUUAACCCUCAGACAAUUGCAACCUUUUUUAGCUUGUGUUAUAAUGUUUAUUUCGAGCCACUAAAAAGGCGCGCACGUUUUUUUUCACCUUUCGUUCUUUUUUUAUGCUUUGUCACUUAUGUUGUUUUUCUGGUAACAACUGUCAGAGAAUGUGAAAUCAUACAUAUGUGCCACGCUCACCACGUGGAUAUAGAUUUUGUUUUUUUGGGGGGACUCUUAUUUUGACAACCAAUAAUUGAUAAUGCCUGAGUCAGUCCCACAGAACGGAUAUCAAGUCUUUUUAGCAUCUGUGGGACUGUUUACCUAAAGUGGUCCUCCAUUGUAUCAUAUGCUGCAGAUGUUGUUUUCCUUCAUGGUGGAGAAUCAUUUUUGUGUUUUUUUUUUUUUUAAACAUGUAGCACAAAUAAGCAUUGCACUCGGGCGCCAUUCUUUACCUCAUGUCAGAACGAAAAAAUACAAACAUGUAUAUAUAAAAUGAUGCCGUAACGUUUAAAGGAAAAACUUGUGGUUUUGGCCUUGCUGCUGUGUGAAUCGCUGGUAUUUUACCAAUGUAUUUAAAAGAGAUCGGAGAGAUACAAUGUGCCUGCAGGAUAUCAUCAGAGAAAAUACACUGUAGAAAAGUAGUUUCGAAUCUCUACAAUCUGGGGCUAAAUGUGUGUCCUAUAUGUACAUUCAUGUUUUGCCUUAACGUAAUACUUUGAAUAUGAAAUCGUAAUGUAACCCAUCAAGUCCUUUGACUGGCAUGAUUUUAAAUUUGUUGGGACAACACCAUCGCUCACCUCCCAACUCCUCGCUCACCCAUAUUAGUUACAUUAUAAGUCCACAUGUAAUAGUGCAUGUCAGUGGAACCCCCCUCACCCGUCUCUUUUUAGACUAAUACAUUGUAUAUAUCUGAUCAAAUCAGCCCUGGAAUUUAUUAAAAAGGGCUUUAUUUCAUAGCAAAGUGUCAUACUGUUUUUUUUUUCUUUUUUAAGAAAAAAUUGAAUGCACACUUAGCAGCAGGAAGGUAACUGGACUGGAAUGUGUGCCGAGCUCCUCUUUAAGGGGGCUUAUGGGAAUGUUGUGACCACCGUAGAGCACGAACAGUACAGGCAAGGAUGGGUUUGGAUUUUAAAUGGGGAAUUAUGGGCCACAAACUGCAGCAGAGUUUCUGUAUUAGGGACGUGUAUUUAAAUCUCAUUCAUACUGUAUCUGUGCUGCAGUGGUUUGCAUUCUGCACCUUAUGGAUUACAAAAAAAUCUUUUACAAUUCUGUCCCACCCUCCCUUUUUUAGGUAAUUGUGGCUGAGUAUAUCUACAAUAAAGUUAUGGUAUGGUCAUUCACUUGCA